GUUUUACCUUCCUAUAUUGCAAAACACUAUGUACACAAUGAGAAAUGUGUCCAUUGGUAUAAAAAAGACAUGUAUCUGCCACCACACACAGAUCUAUGCCACACCGCUCGCUUGGUUUGUUUGACAGCAACCUUUUGACUCUUCACUGAAUCAAAAAUAAGAUGAAGUGCAUCACGCUCUUUCUUGUGUUGUCGCUGGUCGUCCUCAUGGCUGAACCUGGGGAGGGUUUUAUUCACCACAUUUUCAAAGGAAUUGCCAAUGUCGGGAGGAUGAUCCAUGGGAUUGUCACCAGGAGACGCGGCAUGAGAGAGCAGCAAGAGCUAGACAGACAAGAGCAGGCAGCUUUCACUAGACUUCAUGAAUCUGUGAGGGUUCACCUGAAGGAGCCACUCAAAGCAAUGUUUAAGAUGAAAAGAAAUGCUUUUUUUGUCGUGUUGACCUUUUUGAUUUUGUAUUGAUUUUGAAAUGUUUUGGGUCAAUGCUGAAAUAAAUUAACUGCCCCUGUGAUACUUUAUUAAUUUUGGACAAUUGGGAAUUAAUUAAUAAAAUAUGCAUUAUAAAAACUAAAAA